CAUACGCUUAAUUCACACACACCCCCUCCCACUUCCUGUAAGAUAUAAAAGCUGCACUCCCGGACUGAGUUCCCAGACGCCAGCACAUGCAGCUCAACAGGGAAAGGUGCUGCCGGAGCCAUCCACUGCUCUGCAUUCCAGUUUACACUGACUCUAAUCAAUCCACCUUGGGCAAAGCAUCCCUCUGCUUCCUCAGCAUGUGUCGGGGCUUAGCUGCACUCCCUACCAGCUGCUUGGAAAGAGCCAAGGAAUUCAAGACUCGUUUAGGGAUCCUGCUUCAUAAACCAGACUUUGGACAUAAAAUUGGAAACCGAAGCCGGAGCACAAAACAGAGAUACUCCUUGGAAGAAGUGCUUGGAUGGAAGGAGUCUUUUGACCAUCUGUUGAAAAGUAAAAGUGGGGUGGCAGCAUUCCACGAGUUCCUUAAAACAGAAUUCAGUGAAGAGAAUCUGGAGUUCUGGCUGGCCUGUGAAGAAUACAAGAAAACCCGCUCAAAAGCAAAGCUGGCAGCCAAAGCCAGCAGGAUCUUUGAGGAGUUUGUUCAAAAUGAGGCCCCCAGAGAGGUGAACCUUGACCAUGAAACUAGAGAGGCAACCAGGAGAAACCUCACAACCAUCACUUCUGCUUGUUUUGAAGAAGCCCAAGCAAAAACCCACACCUUGAUGGAAAAGGACUCCUAUACCAGAUUUCUGAAAUCUGCCUACUACAGAGACCUGACAGAACAAGCAGCUAGCCACAGAACAGGCAAGCCCAUGCACACCUGAACCAUCCCAUUGUCACCACCAGGAACUGUGUUGGGGGAACAGAGAUACAGAACGAAGCAGAAGGAGCCUGAGAGGGAGGCGCUAAGAGUUUUAGAAUGGUGGAAAUUGGGCUGGGGAUUCAAUUCUCACUAGCCUGCCUGGGACCUCAAAUCACUUCCAUGCACCCAGAAGUUCUACAGAAAAAAACCCUUUCCAUUGCAACUGGGAAGGGAGGCCAUGAGGGGAGAAAACACGAGGCCAUGUGAAAAGGACUGGACAAAAGGAGGAACCUGCCCUCCAGACAAGAGGAGGAAAGAAGAAGCGAAGGCGAGAGUUAAAGAACAGAGAAUCGGGAAAUUUGAAUGCCCCUCUAGAACAGUCCAACACCUGUUGUUGAACACUGUGUGUCUGUGUGCCCAUCCAGCAUAAGCCUCCGUCUGCUCUCAGAAGCCUGUCUCUGCACCAACAAACACAGAAUGUGAACUGUACAUAGCACACAGGAGCUAGCAGUUUCCACCCAUUGCACGUCUGCUCAGGAAGCUUUCUGCAUGUGUCCACACCAACCGGCUGGAUGUUCCAGAGCGUUAGCAUCUUAAUCAUGCAAGCACUGCUUUGUGUUUGCACCCAGAGAAAUUCUGCGUCUGCCUUGCUCCAGCUACAUUUCUAGAUCUCUAUCUUCUGCCAUGCGUGUAGCUGGGCAUGGCUUCCUUCCAAUAUAUCUGCAGAAGACAUUUCAUAUGCAGAAGGUAUCUAGGCAGUGUUUGGUGCCUGUACGAACGUUAUAUGCAACCUUGGGGGUCAUGAUACAAUUUUAAAUUAUUGGUAUUUAUUAUUAUUUAUUUAGAUUGGUCAUUAGAUGAGCACAGCACUUUAGAAGCAGGUUCUUUAUACAAGUCACUCCAGCAAGGAGCCCACUACUGAAACUGGACUUUCUGCCACUAUCCCAAUACCUAUAUAACAUGAUAAUGGAUGACUUAUAUAGAAGAGUCAAGGAGAGAGAUGGAGACGAGGCUAGAAUAGUUUAGCAAAUAAGUAUACCGAAUCUGUGAACCCACAAAAAUUUGGACUGCCUCACCUGUCCACACAUACCCCAUUUUAGUCAUUUGUGGCACAUCUGGCAGCCUGAAGAGGUGCAAUGGGGGAGGAUAAAACAUCUUCCAAAACCAUCUUCCAGCAGACAAACACUUCCCUGCCUGUUUGUCUAGAGACUAUUCUUAUUCACCACGGGUGACUGUGUAGGUGGGUAUUUAAAAUCCCGGACAUUCAGUCAACCAAACAAUGAGGCCCAAGGUUAGGAAUAGUCUGAAUCCUAUACUAUAGUUUACAAGCUACUUACUGAGGACUAGUCUCAGUAAAAGUCUAAAAAUAAAAUAUAGUGUAUGGGGAUUAUUCAAGGAAUAUCAUAGCAUAGUUCAUUUGUGGCCCACAGCCUUAGGAAGCCAUCUAGGGUGAACCAGUUCAGCCCCCCCUGAAAUUAAUGGCAGUUGCACAAAGCUUUGGGAAAUAUGAACUACCAAUUAUUUCAACAGGGAUACACACAAUUGUGCCCAUUGUCUGGCAAUAGAUUUUGAGGAAGGCCAUUUUGGCCAUAAAAACUUGGUGAACAGUGACCUGAAUGGGCAAACAAAACUCAAAACUGCAGCUUAUGCUGCCUAGCCAAAGUAGGGAUACCUGGCUGAAAUAGUAUUAGAAGGCGGCUUGGCGCUCCUUGCUGAAAGUGACUUGUUUUUUGAGAGAGAUGAACGGCACACUGUUGAACCAGAAUGUAGAUGGUGUAGAGAUUUCCCUUGUAUUUUAAGUCUUGAGAAAAACAAAUCUCCAUAUUUAUUGUGUUAAAGGGUAUAUUCACACAACCAGCUGUCCUGACUUCAGCCAUGCCUGUUGCCCUUGAGGAAGCCCAUCAUCCCAUCUACUACCUAGGCAGCAGAAAGUAGAUUAAUGAUCACAUGCCAGUCUGUCCAGGUAAAAAGGUGUACAUACUACAUGCCUGCAUGCAUGGUAGCCGAUACAUUAUUACAGUCUUGAAACAAUUACUAUAAUUGAAUGCAGGACUGAAUCUUGUCACACGGCAAGGUUGGCCUUGUCUCCCUUCCCACUCAUAGCUUCAGAAAUGGAUAGAGUCCUAGAUUACAUCAAGUGGAUACAGACUCACAGUUCUCCCUACAAGUCCUAAGCAUUUGCAUUUUCAUAUAUUCUGGAAUGUACAUCAGUUAGGAUUGUUUGGGGUCCAUUGUAGUAGCACCGGAAGCAAAAGAAUAUACCAAAAUUGCUUGCAAUAUUGAACCCCAGAUAGUUUGUGUGGACAGUUAUGCCCUUGUAUCCUGCCUCUUUCAUUGACAGGCUGUGAAAUACCGGUUCACAGCAGAAACCUAUUUAGAGCUGUUCCUGCAGUUUAAAGACUGGAAGAGUACACUGUAAAAGCAUACGUGCUACUGAACAGUGCAAGAGUUUGGAUUGGUUCUCAAGUGUAUGCUCACUACUCACUGAUCACAGUACUAGCCCGUUGCUGUCCACUGCUUGAGACAAAUGGCAGUAAGCCACCAGCCCCCUCACUGGCCCUGCCCCAUGGGACUGAAGUGGCUGCCUCCUCACUGGCCCUGACAUCACGCUGAUCUCGGCACAUCACUGCUUGGUUUUUUAGGCUGACCGUGAGUCAGAGUGGAUGGAGCUUGCCUCCAGCAGCAGCUUCUCCUCGUCACUGGUGUGUCAUCAGCACCAGCAGCUUGCUCACUCCUUGCUCCCUCUCAUUCUCCCUCUCCUUCCGCAACAAAUGUGGACUCUUGGUCUCCUCCUGGAACGGCAGAGGCAAAGUGGACACGUUUGUUGCUGGAGGGAAGAGAGCGCGAGAGAGCUGCUGGUGCUGACACAACAGCAGCGCAGGGAACAAGGAGUGGCCACCAUUGGAUGCCAGCUCCGUCCUCACUUUCUGACCACUGGCCUACGGCACCAAGCAGUGGCUGCAGUGCACCCUGGAAGGCAAGGCUGGCCCUGCAGUGAGGAGGAAGAGAGGCAGUCCUGGGGCCAGCUAGGUGGGGUGGGCUGGGCUGGGCUGGCGCGGGAAGAGAAAGCAAAGGGAUGGGGUGGCAGCAACACGUGCCUGCCGUGGUCACCUGAAACCUCCACCUCCCUUUGCCUUAUGGGGGAGCCAUCCCUGUUUGAUUGUAACAUGAUGUCAUGUUUGAAUGACUCGUCGCAGAUUAAUCACCACAGCUAGAAUGCUAUAAUCCAAUAUUACUACUAGGAUGAGCAAGAAGUAUCAGGCAUGUGUGAAUCAGCCCUUUGUUUCAUUUGCUAAGGGUCAAACUAGCUAUGGCAUCAUAGCUAGUGCUUGCUUUGGGGGGGCAGAAAUAUCAACCCAUCAAUCAGUCUUUAUUGUUACUGUCUAAGACCAGCCAAAGGGGAUAAAUAGCAUGCACAGGUGGCCCCAAUUCAGACGGGGACAGGGGUUAAAGCCCCCAACUCCAUGGCCUGCUGUGGUCUUGAUCGGGAUCAGGCCCCCCCUGCAUACUAUUUGUUGGGGCGGGGAAACAAGCACACCAAGGCCAAUGAUGUGAUUAAAAUCACAUCGAAUUUGGCUUCAAGAUCUCCAGUACCGAGCUUGAUAUCUAGUCAAAUCACACAUCGAUUUUGAAUUUUAUAAUGCCGCGUACAGUUCAGAUAGAGGUUCCACAGCUGUCCCUGCAACUCUAGCAUCCUGUGCUUGUUCUCCAGCAGUGUUUAAGCAGGUGUAUCGAUGGUGCUAACCAAACUUCUUAUGUGCCAGUGAAGACCAGUUUAAACUAUUUCCAGCAAUGGCAUGUAUACAAACAAAUAUAUAUCCCUUGUCUACCAGCAUCAUUUCCCAGACCACCCUGAGCCUACAGCAAAGUCCUGCAUGCUGCUGCAGUUCAUUCAACGGGGAGCUUAUCCAUACCUGCCAACAUGUCCCUCUUUUCCCAUUCACCUGAAUGGGAAAAGAGGGACAUGUUGGCAGCUAUGCAUAUCCUGAGGUUCUUAUUCUGUCUUUGAUAAACCCUUAUUCAGACACAUUCCUGUUGACUUCCAUGAAGAGAUGUCUGGAAAAGGAGACAGGAUGUGAUUCAAUUUCCAUUCUGAAGUCUAUGGUUAAAACCUCCCACCAUGGACUCCACUGGUGAAGGAUCAUUAAAUAAAACUGUGUUCACACAUACUUUUUUCUUUAAAGCUCUUGAAUCCUUACUUUUGAGUUAAUUAAUUCCCUUCAUUGCUGUUGUAUCUGUAUGCACAGCUCCAUUGUGAUUUAAUGCUUUGAUUUGAUCACUUGAAGAGACAAAUAUGACUAUCUCAUGAUCCCUUGCAACCAGGGAGAAUAAAGGCUACUCAAAUUGAAAAAUGCACUCUACACCACUCUUUUCAUUAUGCUGUAUUCUGCAGGUGCUCCACUGUCCCUUUAAUGCUGGUUUUCUCAGAAUGUUUCUAGGAUGGACUAAAAUGCAACUGAAGAAGUGUCAGGACCCCUUAUAGGGGUCAGCAGUUCUACUGGUAAAAAACCAGCAAUGAAGUGGCCGUACCAGCACAGCCCAAUUUAAGACCUCAGGAUUAUUUGUAUUGCCCUCUUGUUGUUGUUAGCCUGGCCAGAAGUCUAGGAGACGACUAGCAAGCAUCCCUCUAGGCCAGAGCUGAGCUGCUUUAUUAUUAUUUAUUGGGAACUGGAACCAGUUCUCUCAAUGUGAAUGAAUUAAAAUACUGUGUUGUAAAUCUGAGAAUGUUCUAAUAUUGUCAUUCUGUUGUUUGAAAAUAAAACCGUUACAUAAACCAAUACAA